AUGUCACUUUGGAUGUAUGUGGUGGCUUUAGGCCCUGUCCUGUUGGUAAGUUUGGGGACUUGCUGUGAUUAUGAUGUGGAUAAGUGUGGAGCCUGGGCUGAUGGACACAUCCAGAUAGGAAUUCUCAGUUCUUGCUAUUCUAAAGUGGAAUCUCUGUAUAAUCGAGAACAGCCAGAGAUCUACAACUGUUCAAGCUUUUGUCUGGUAUCAUUUGUACGGAUGCUUGCUGUCAUUCAUACCAUUGAAACUAUCAAUAACUCCAGCUUCCUGCCAGGGGUCCACCUGGGCUACUACAUUUGUGACACAUGCAGUGAUGGCUCCAAAGCCAUUCAGAGCACAGAGCACAUGCUGUUUGAGAACAGCAUGGCACCUGGCGCCUGCAACCUCAACUGGAACCCCAGGGUAAAAGUUAUAAUUGGAGCCCGCUACUCAGAAAUAUCUCUCAUCGUGGCUCGGCUUCUCAGCCUCUACAUGGUUCCUCAGAUAAGCACAAGUGCAUCUGCAGAAACGCUGAGUGACAGACUGCGCUACCCUGCCUUCCUACGUACGGUGCCCAGUGAUAUCCACCAGACAAAAGCGCUGGCCAAACUCAUGGCUCACUACGGCUGGGACUGGGUGGGUAUGGUCCAUGGGGAUGACGACUACGGCCAAAGUGCUCUGCAUAGCUUUUUGACUGAUGUAUUGAAUGAGAACAUAUGCACCGCCUUCAAAGAGACACUUCCACAUUACCUAGAUGACCAAAACAUCAACAUCAGGAUCCAAGAAGUGGCGAACACCAUCCAAACUUCAAAUGCCAAAGUCGUGUUGCUUAUCUUAAAAGAAGAGCUUGUGAAAAAACUCUUCACAGAGAUAAUUCAUAGAAAUAUAUCACGCACCUGGAUUGCCAGUGAUAGCUGGUCAAUGUCAAAAGACAUUGCUAAAAUGGAGGGAAUCAACAAAAUAGGGAAUAUUUUUGGUUACAGUUUCAUUACAGGCCCAAUCCCUGGCUUUAAAGAGUAUCUACAAAAGUUGUCUACCCCCCCAGGUGCUACGAACAAAUUCAUUCAAAAAUAUCAGCAAAUGGACAACAAGGGAAACUUAACAGAAGCCGUCGAUAUUUCCAUAGCCUAUGGUGACAGACUGGCUGUGCUGUCAAUUGCUUAUGCCUUGAAGAAGAUUUUAGACUGUAACCAAACUGUCUGCUCAGGGGAAAAAGACUUUCAACCUUGGAAGCUUCUCAAAGAACUGAAAAAUAUCAACUUUACUGUGGAUAAUCAGACAUUCUAUUUUAAUACAUCAGGAAAUUUUGUAAAUGGCUAUGAUUUAAUUAACUGGGUACAAAACUUGUCCAGUGGACAGAGAGAUUUUGUAGUUGCUGGCAACUACAAUCUGGAGAACAAACAAUUUACUCUUAAAGAAGCUAUUAAAUGGUAUAAUUCAAACAGUAUGAAACCUGUUUCCUUGUGCUCUGAAGUCUGCUUUCCUGGCACAGCAAAACAACUCUCUAAAACACAGUGUUGCCACAACUGCACAAAAUGUUUGGAGGGAACCUACUCAAAUGAUACAAAUGUUCAGAGCUGUCUUCCAUGUGAAAAUGGCACAUGGUCCUUAAUUGGAUGGACAUAUUGUAAGCCAAAGACAGAACUGUAUUGGGAGUGGAAUGGAAAGCAUGCCAUUGUCGUUUUAACAUUUGUUCUAGCAGGAUUUUUACUUUUGUUUGUUAAUCUGAUUAUCUACUUCCUCUACCGCAAGAGUCCUGUCAUGAAACAGGCUGGUGGGUACAUUAUGCUUCUUAUUAUGCUAGGCUUAGCUCUUAGCUUUGGCAGUCUCUUGCUCUUUAUCGGGAAGCCCAAUCUCCAUAUCUGUAGGGCACGUCAAGUCCUUUAUGGCUUAGGUUUCUCCCUCACCGUCUCAUGUAUUCUAGUGAAAGCCCUACGCACCUAUGUGGCUUUCCUCCCCCGACACCGCCAGCACAGUAUGAAAAAGUUCUACAAGCCCCCAGUUAUUAUCACCUUUGGCACUCUCAUUCAAGCCCAUAUCUGCAUCUUCUGGCUGAUCUUUGAUUCUCCUGCGAUGGACACCACAGAUUUCCCAAGUGCUAUGGAGAUCAAUUUUCAGUGUAAAGAAGGUUCUGGCAUAGGCUUCGCCUUCAUGCUUUGUUACAUUGCUAUGCUUGCACUCAUCUGCUUUGUGCUGGCUUUCAGGGGGAGGAAGGUCCCUCAUCGCUUCAAUGAGACUGGACACAUUAUUCUCAGCAUGCUAAUAUACUUGUUUGUGUGGGUUUGUUUUACACCAAUAUAUGUGGCUAAAAUCCCAGAGCGAUACUCCAUUCAGGCUGCAGCUAUCUUAGUUUCAUCUUAUGGUAUUAUAUUUUUUCAUUUUGUGCCCAAGUGGUACAUGGCUCUUUGCAAAAAGAAAGACGAAGUUACUACUGAGGCAUAUAUUGCACAAGCAUGUAGUACAAGAUCGUCAAUUGACUCAGGCAUCUAUCACUCUACUGUUAUGUCCUUACAUUCAGCGACUGUGUUACAGAUGGCAUCAUCACAGAGUACAGUGAACUCUGGUGAUACUGGUGUUUGCAACAUAGGACAUACUAUACAUAGCAUGGAUAAGAAAUUCAGUAAUUAUCAGCCCAUCACACAUAGAAGGUAUCACCGAAGGUCUGUUUAA